AUGACCUCCAAGGUGUUUCUGAAGGACGUGCUACGCAGCAACAACGAGCUGCACCUGUGCGAAGACAUUCUCAAGCUGGCCAAGCGCGGUGGCGACAAGACCAUCAUCUUCGGCUGGGAGAAGGUGCACGAGUUCGUGGAGGCGAUCUCAGUCGCCAAUGUCCAGGCUACUGACGGAGGCACCGCAGUCCCGCCGCCUCCAUUCCCAAUGCCGGACCCUCUGACGACCGACUCGUUCAAGAGAGUGCUGCUGGCUUACGCUCAGCACGGAUCGGCCUGUCCGCUGGGGACGACGUGCCUGCCUGGAGAAAUUGACGAGUCCUGUAAGGCGGUGGUUAGCCUCGACCGAUCGAACUUGGAUCCGUGGGUGGUGCACGUCGUCGGGGUCGGAGGAGCUGACAAGGUGCUGCUGCUCGCGAACCUGUUUGUGCCUGAAACUAGCACCAAGACGCUGGUGAAUGUGGUGCCGCCACACCCCCGCUACAAGUUGUGGCUUGCUCUGUGA